GCGCGUGGUAGGUGCCGUUGAGGGUUCCCGCCACCGCUGCUGGCGGGUUUGCCUGGCAAAAUUUCUCGCUGGCUCGCCUUCUUUUCCCUCCCGCACUUUGGUGGGGAGGGGGGGGACCCUCGCGUCGGCGCCUCGCUUCACGAUGACCCGAGAGAAGCCGAGGACGUGGUCAGUUCGGCCAUGCCCCCCAUCGCCUCGACCUGCUGGCCGCCCCGGGGAAGGAGCACCGAGGCGGUGACUGCGACGCAAACAACAAAUCAGACGCAAACAGAUUCAUUAUCUCCAUCCCCUAAUCCUGUGUCACCUGUGCCUUUGAAUAACCCAACAAGUGCCCCAAGAUACGGAACUGUGAUCCCUAACCGCAUCUUCGUAGGAGGAAUUGACUUUAAGACAAAUGAAAAUGAUUUAAGAAAGUUUUUUUCCCAGUAUGGGUCAGUAAAAGAAGUGAAGAUCGUUAAUGACAGAGCUGGAGUGUCCAAAGGGUAUGGUUUCAUCACUUUUGAAACUCAAGAAGAUGCACAAAAAAUCUUACAAGAGGCUGAAAAACUUAAUUAUAAGGAUAAGAAACUGAACAUUGGUCCAGCAAUAAGAAAACAGCAAGUUCCAGUAUAAUGCCUGCUGCUGGAACAAUGUAUCUAACCACUUCAACUGGAUAUCCUUACACUUACCAUAAUGGCGUUGCUUAUUUCCAUACUCCAGAAGUAACUUCUGUCCCACCAUCUUGGCCUUCACGAUCCAUAUCUAGUUCUCCUGUGAUGGUAGCUCAGCCGGUUUAUCAACAGCCUGCAUAUCACUACCAGGCCCCAGCUCAGUGUUUACCAGGGCAGUGGCAGUGGGGGGUUCCCCAGUCCCCUGCCUCUUCUGCUCCAUUCCUAUAUCUGCAGCCCUCUGAGGUUAUUUAUCAACCAGUAGAAAUUGCACAAGAUGGUGGCUGUGUUCCUCCUCCACUGUCUCUGAUGGAAGCCUCCGUCCCAGAGCCGUAUUCUGACCAUGGAGUCCAAGCAGCGUACCACCAGGUCUAUGCUUCCAGUGCCAUUGCUAUGCCUGCGCCCGUGAUGCAGCCUGAGCCCAUUAAAGUAAGGAGUUCAGUUUGAGUUCUUUUGGCUUCCCUUCCACUAUGCUCUGGACAUUUUUAUACCAGCUGUGAUCCAAAAAGUACAGUUAGUGAAGGAAACAAAUUCUAAAUUAACUAUCAUUCCUAUUAACUAAUUUUGAAAUGUUAUAAAUCAUUCAUGGUCAAAGUGUUUUAUUUGUUGUGAUAAAGAGAUCCAUAAACUUAAGUUUAUCAUUUUAACUAUUUUAAGUGUCUUUAAGUAUAUAUUCACAGCACUGUGAAAAUUAUUACCAGAAUUCCUAACCUUUUCCACUACCACAAGUAGAAACUGUUCUCAUUACACAGUAAAUUCACCUUCCUUUUU